UUAAUAAUUAUCAAGGAUUAAAUUUAAUAGUUGAAACGAAAUCUGACCCUCUUCAAUUCACCAUCGCUAUUUAACACUCACCUCCUCAUCCUCACUCCUCACUCCUCACUCCUCACUCCUCCAUGGUUCUUAUGAAAGCCAAGCCAGGAAGCAACUGCUAGCUUCCGAGCCAAGCCAACUUAUAGAUCAGAAAAUACAAAUAAUAGCAACAAAUAAUAAAGGCCUGAAAAUAUAAGAGUGAGAAAACGCCGUGGAGGAGGCACCACUCUAGAGUCUCCUUUUCUCUCUCUCUAACCCUGAAAUAGAGGAAGCAGAGAUGCCCAUUGAAGUUUAAUGUCUACCCACCUCUUCUUCUGAGCUUCCCCUCUCUCUCUCUCUCUCUCUCUCCCCCCUCUCUCUGUUUUCUGCAGCUUCUGUUUGAUAGAUCUAUCAGCGACCCCUUUUUCUGUUUUUACUAUUAAUUGUAACAUUGUGUUAAUUUGUUGCAUUUGAGCUGUAACUAUGAGUAAGGAAGAGUUCUUGAAGAUCCAGAAAUGUGUUCUCAAAGUGAACAUCCAUUGUGAUGGAUGUAAGCACAAAGUGAAGAAAAUCCUGCAGAAAAUCGAUGGGGUUUUCACCACCGACAUAGAUUCAGAGCAGGGAAAGGUGACGGUCUCCGGAAAUGUAGACCCUGCUAUUCUGAUUAAGAAGCUUGCGAAAUCCGGCAAACAUGCAGAGCUUUGGGGCGCUCCGAAGGCGAACAAUAACAACAACCAGAGCAACCUCCCCAAUCAGUUCAAGAACAUACAAAACGACAAUGGCAAAGGCGGAAACAACAACAGCGGCAAAGGCGGGCAGAAGGGGGGCGGUGGCGGUAACAGCCAGCCAAAGGGCGGCCAGCAACCCCAGCAGCAACAGCAGAACCAGCAGCUUCAGCAGCAGCAGCUGCAGCAACUCCAGCAACUCCAGCAGCUCCAGCAAAUUAAGGGGUUACAAGAUCUGAAGCUGGCCCAAUUGAAAGGCAUGCCAAUGCCCCCUAAUUUCAAGGACCAGAACCCGAACCCGAACCCGAAUCAGAAGGCGGUGAAAUUCAACGUGCGGGAGGAAGAGGAUUUGAGUGACGAUGACCUCGAUGAUGAUGAUGAAUAUGACGAGGAUGACGAUGAGUUUGAUUAUGACAUGGAUGAACCCGUUCAUCCUCUCAGUAAGGGGAAGCCUGUGAUGAUGGGCAAUGGCGGCCAGGGGAUGCCGCCGAACAUCAUGAUGAUGAUGAAGGGAAACCAUCCGCAGAUGAUGAAUGCCGCAGCCCAAAAGGGUGGUGGUGGGAAUGUUGGUGGUCAGAAUAGCGGUGGUGCUGCGGGUAAUGGGAAAAAGGGCGGCAGCGGUGGGGCUGUGCCUGCUCAGGUGAAUAUGGGUGGUGGGAACAAUGAGGGUAAUAAUGGAAAUGGAGGAAAGAAGGGUGGCGGCGGUGGAAACCAAAACCACAAUCAAGGAGGCGGGGGUGGAAAGAAUGGAGGCAAAAGUGGAGGCUUUCCGUCGGAUGGCAAAAAUGGUGGUGGGGGAAAUGCCAAGAAUGGAAACAGUGGUCAAGGGGGUCCUAAUGGGAGCAUGGACAAUGGCAAUGGGGGUAAAAAGGGUGGUGGAGGAGGCGGAGGCGGCGGCGGAGGAAUGAGUGAAGUUCAAGCUUUGAACAAUGCUUUCCAGAACAUGGGUGGCCGUCCUCAGGGCAUGCCUGGAGGUAAUGUGGGACAGAUGGGCAACAUGAACAUGGCAAUGGGCCCAAUGGGUAGCAUGCCUAUGGGCCAAAUGGGCCAAAUGGGCCAAAUGGGCAACAUUCCAGCUGUCCAAGGCCUGCCGGCUGGCGCCAUGAAUGGCGGUGGUGGCGGAGGCGCCGGUGGAGGUGGAUACUUCCAAGGAGCUGGGCCUGAGGCCAUGCCUGGUAACCCCUCACCACAACAAUACUUGCAGGCUGUGAUGAACCAGCAAAGGGCCAUGGGCAAUGAGAGGUUCCAACCAAUGAUGUAUGCUAGACCUCCACCUGCUGUUAACUACAUGCCACCCGGCCCACCGCCGCCAUACGCAUACGCUCCUCCUCCAGCAGGUGAACCAUACUCUCACUUCUUCAGUGAUGAGAACGCCUCAAGUUGCAAUGUGAUGUGAAAACGGAAAAAUUGACUGGAAAAAUGGUCCUGCUGCUGCUGAUUUGGGUUAAUUUGCUGAGUUUGUGGUGGUUCUGGUGGUGGUGAUUUCAGUUAAUAGUUCCAAUGACUAGAAAUCCGAUGCCAUAUUAUACAUGGAAAUGUUUUUUUAGCUUUAA